UACAAAUAUGCAUAUGUGGAUACUCAUUUCCACAUGGAUACGCUGACGGAUGUAUUAAACAGCGACCAAGAUUUAAGCAAUGUGAGUCAGUCUCUACCCGAUAACUAUGAUGGAUUUAUUGCAGUGUUUUCAAAUCCAAGUACAUUUGAUGCAGAAUGUAAGUACAUAUUUAUUUCAAGGAAAAAUAUUUACAUAUAUAUAUAUAGUAACCGUACAUUUUGUCAAAUAGUGUACCUAAAGAUUUCAAUCGCAUUUUAACUUGGGAUAACUUCUAAAGCGCAUUUUUUAACUAAUCAAUUGAAAUACAUACUAUUGGUUCGUCUCUCGAGGAUUAAUUAAGGAAUGUCAUUUGAUUUCCAACAUCUGUAUUAAGUUCUUACUAUUGAUAUAUUCAACACUUAUCAAUUGACAAUUGAAAACAUACUUGUACUUAUGAAGAUUCAAUCUGUGUCAAUUAUUAAAUUCAAAGGACCCUCAUUGUAUAUUUAUAUAAAUCAGUAAAAAUUAGUUUAGGAAUAAAAACUAUAAGAUAACAGUUGUAGAUAUCAUGUCAUUAAAAUAAAAGUAGUUGUGCGUUUAUAGCCUCCUAUUCAUUCAAUUUUUUUUUUUGCUAGAUUUAUUUGUAUUUAUUGAUGCGUAUAAAUAAUGUUUAGUUUUUUUGUAAUGCUAGUUUUUUGCCCCAAUUUAAUUACUGAGCUGGGGGGGGGGGCGGAAAAGGGGCUUAACUGAAGAUGACACAAGACACAAUAUCUCAUUCCUUGAAAUUUUGUGUUUUGUUUUUCUCUCACGGCCAGGCAGCCUAGUUCUCAGAUCUGUAUGGAAUUGAAAUAUCAGCUCAGUAGCAUUUUUUGUUUUGGUUUCAGUGUCUGACAGCCAUGCUCUAAAAUCUGUGUUGAAUGGCAAUAUCAUCUUACUAACACUUAAUUUGUUUUUUGCUUCAGUGCCAGGCAGCGAGGUUCUAAGAUCCACACUGAACAAUACAAAGAUGAGGUACGUCAUGGGAUGUGCCCCCAAAUACGCCGACCACUUCAACUUCUCCCAGAUCGAUGAGUUCCAGAUGGCCCUCUACGCCAAGAACGUUAUCGCCGUGGGGCCGUGUGGGCUGGACUGCACCAUCAAACUGGACAUGGGGCUUCAGAGAACCGUCUUCAAACUACAGAUAGAGAUUGCUGCGGAGAUGGGACUUCCGUUGGUUAUUCAGAGCAAGAUGGCCGAUCUUGACUGUUUGGAUUUGCUCGAGAGGGUAGCUAUUAAAAUUUGUUAUAAAAUUAUAACGAUCGUUAAUUUUCAUAAUUGUCAGUUACCGUGCUGAUAGAAAAUGUAUUUUCCUACUAGAAUUUUAUGCAAUUCUUAUAAGAUUUAUAAUAAUUAGUAUUAAUUUCAAAAGCAAUUAUAUUUUGUCCUUGUUUUGGGUCAUUUGAGUAAUUUCAAAAAAUGCGCUUUUAGAAUGUUUCAUAAAUUUUCUAAAUAUAGAUGUGGAAAAAUUCCUUUAAAUUAAUAUGCAUUUUCUUUAAUGCUGAUGAUGUAAUAUUUUCCCUUACUUCACAUUACUUUCACUUUUAACGUCACUUGUGAAACAUCCUGUUUCCUUUGUUCUAUUAGCUCACUCCGUCCACCCAGAAGAUCCACAUCCAAGGAUUUGAGGGUGAUGACAACACGGCCAACUGCUGGAUGUCUAGUUUCCCUAACGUGUACUUUGGCUUGACCCCAGUCAUCGGUGACUCGGCCACGCCCACCUACAUCAAGGACAUGGUCAGGUCCAUUCCCCUGAACAGAGUUCUCCUAGAAUCCGGGGCGCCACACUUCGUUCCGGAG